GGCCUAGUCAUAUAUGAUUUUGUAGAGAAUUUCGAGCGCUAUCUUUUGAUAAUAAAAAGAGCUUUAAUUACAGGGACAAUAGAGGAGAAAUCUUAAAAAUACUGAGAGGCCCAUUUUCCCUGGGACACCCGUUAGAAUUGUGGAUCGAUUAGAGCGCAGACAAAAACAGAACCGAUUUCCGUUUGUUUAUCUUUGCAAUAGGUGAGCUAGCCUUCUUGUUUCUUUAUGUUUUAUAUACCAUUUUGUAGCUCGUGAAAUUCUCUAUUGAAUGGUGUAUAAUAGUUGGGGUUUUCUUUGACUAUGAUAGGGAAAGUGUUUGACGAAAGUGGGGAUGGGUCGAUUUUCCUAUAGGAAGCCAUAGGGAAAAAAUGAGUAUUUUUGGCAAUAACUCAGGAACGGCUCGGCCAAUUCUUCUCAUCUUCGAACUGGACCGAGAUAUUGUUAAGACUAAACUGUGUAGAAAAUUUCAUCCUGAUCGGACUCUCCUUUCAAAAGUUAUCGUGUAAACGGACGGACACACUGACCGGUUCUAGAGUGUACUCACUUUUUGAGUACACAAUAAAAACGAAUUUGAUGAGAAGAAAAAUUAAAAAUUAUUUUAUCAAAAAUAUUUCGUUAACAAGUACUGAUCGUAUCGAAGUACAUUCAUUUUCAGAAUAAAUAGCCCGUAAAUCAGCCACAACACCUUGGAGAAAUAUUAAAGUUUAAGUUUCGGUAAGAUUGAGUUUGUUAUCGAAUUUUUUCAUAAAUGUUCAAAUGAGAAAUUAAAUCUGAAAACUUUAUGAUAGAUGUUCAACACGAUAGUGUUCUAGAAAAAAAAGAAAAGAAUCAUACAGUACCUUUUUAGCCUAAAUUAAUUUAAAAGAAAUAUUUUUGAUAUCGAAAGCGCACAGCUCAAAAAAUUAGUUUAGGAAAAAAGAACAGAAACAAAAAAUCCUUGUAAUGGAGAAAAACACUUUACUUGAUGACUUCACAUAAUUUAAGAAAAUUUGAUAAAAUUCACUUGUACAAAUCAUCACAAAUGAGAAAGAAAAGAAAUGAAAAUUGUACACAAUAGUGACAGUUAAAUAAAGAAUAAGACGCUUCAGCGUCUAUACAUUCAAUUGUCUAACACAUAAGACGUUUUAGUAUUUAUUACACCCAAGUGUCUAAAACAGAGACGUUUCUAGUGUCUAACUAAUGUCUAAAAUAGACUUUAGACGGAUGCACCGUCUUGUAAGACGGAUGGCAUUUUUUUAGAGUGAUACUGCUUACAACAACGCCAUUACAUACUUUAUUAUUAUGACACAGCCUCCUCUGUAUUGAUUGAUAUGAAACUAGUUUUACAGCUGUAGUGUAGGGACAUCUUCCGCGUGAAACUCAGUUUGAUCGAAAAUAAAAUAUACAAAUUAAAAGAGAACUUAAUAUAAAGUAUUUCUAUAAUAAUUUUUUCUUCUGAUGUGAAGAUGUGAACUAGAUGUCUCCACUGGUAGUGUAUCAUGUUGUCAAUCGGUGAUUCUAGUUACAUUGUUUUCGCCAGACACCGUACUAAUAAAAAAACAUCAUAUUUUUGAGUUAUUCGAUUAUUUUAAUGAAAGAAUUUGAUGGCAACAGGAACACCAACAACUAAUUCUCAUAGUGGAAAACAUCGAUUAGAUCCUGAAAUAGAAAAAUAUCGUUUAGAACUUAAUUGGACUAAAAUUCUUGAUAAAUUAAAAAGUGCAAAAGUUUCAGAAUAUGUUAAAUUUUUGGAAGGAGAAGCUCAAUUAGAAUAUUAUUUACAACAAUAUUGA